AUGAAGAGGAGAAGAGCUAUCGAGUCCAGAAGACGUCUCCGUCGUUACUGGGUGCAUCCUUUAACCUCACAGCGUCUUUCUAUUGGCUACUUUGCCCUGAUGUUCGGUGAACUUAGAACCCAUGGUGAUAAGUUCUAUAACUACACAAGGAUGUGGAUGGAGAGUUUUGACGAAUUGUUGGGGCUUGUUCGAGGACGAAUCAUCCGACAAAGGACCAACAUGGGACGAUGCAUAAGUGAGGAAGAACGGCUGUUACUUACUUUAAGAUACCUUGCCACUGGAGCGAGUUUCACCUCACUUCAUCAUCAAUUCCUAAUGGGGAUUUCAACUGUGUCAACCAUAGUACAUGACACCUGUAUUGCCAUUUGGGAGGAGUUGAAGAGCACAGUCAUGCCGGAACCAACAAUCAGCUUGUGGGAAGAGAUAGCGGAGGAGUUUUGGGAGAAGACAAACUUUCCGAAUUGUAUUGGAGCAUUAGACGGGAAACAUAUCAGGCUCAUCAAGCCACCAAACUCUGGUUCCCGCUAUUUCAACUACAAGAAAUAUUUCUCCAUUGUGCUGCUGGGACUGAGUGACGCAAACAUGCGCUUUGUAGCGGUGGAUGUUGGAGCAUACGGGAGCUCUGGAGAUUCACAAAUUUUUAGAAAUUCCAUGAUGGGACAGCGUCUGCAGUAUGGGGAUUUUAAUGUACCACAGCCAAGGCCUCUACCUGGUACUGCUGGACCAGAUCUACCCCUAGUAGUGCUAGGAGAUGAGGCAUUUGCCUUAUCCACUCACCUCCUCAGGCCCUAUACUAGGCACGGUCUUACUGCCAAGAAGCGCAUCUUCAAUUACCGCCUGAGCCGUGCACGCAGAAUGGUGGAGUGCGCCUUCGGUAUUUGUACAGCUAAAUGGCGUGUACUGUUGACGGCAAUGCACUUGGAAGUGGAUCACGCUGUCAAUGUGGUUUUGGCAUGCUGUGUUCUCCAUAACUUUCUAAGGGGAAAGGAGAUUGCACACAAUGAACCACCGUUACCUGUUUGUGAAGAGCACAGAGGGAGUGUUACUACCAGUCGCCCAAGCAAUCAUGCUCUACAAGUCCGUGAACAUUUUUCAGAUGUUUUCCUUUCCGAUGAUGGACAGCUACCGUGGCAGUACGAUUAUGUUUAG